AUGGGUGACACAGAUUGGAGGAAGAUACUGAGUUUCUCUCAGAAAGAGUUGUUAGAAGCCGAUAAAGAAGAGUUAUGCGAAAGUCUAUCGUGGAUGGAUGCCGACGAUAUCGAUUUGAACUUUUCCGACUUGAAAACUCUAUUUAGGUUGGCCCAAGAUAUUCUCAAAUAUAAAAGUGAACAGGUGAAGAAUGUACUAGGAGAGCUAGAAAAUGUUCAAAAUAAACGUCGGAAAAAGAAGCCGCGUAAUGAGGAUACUGAUAACACUUUCGAAACUAUAAUGCCAUCAAGAAGAAAUAAUAAAAGC